AUGCCACAAGCUGCCACAAUGAGUCCUCCCAAGGCCACGCCUGGAUGGCUAGCAGAUCUAGACACGCUGCGCAAAUCUUCCAGGUCUCUCUUUCCAAAAGCGACCUCAACCUCGCAGCCUCGUUCAAAGCCGUCAAAUGGGUACACUACGUCUGCGGGUGCUAUCUGUCAUGGGAGAGUGAACGAUCUGGAAUCCAUGGUUCCCCCUCAGUGGUGGCAAACCGUUUUUGCGGAUGCAAUGUACCUGAAGACUGAUGGAGAUGUUGUUGAAGAUCCGGACAUCACGAAAGAAGAGGUGGGACUCCUUGAAGCUGACAAGGGAAUACAAAGCAUCCUCCUGAGGGGGUCUGGAAAGGCGCAUGAAGUUUUGCGCCGCGUCGUCGAUCAUCGCUUCGCUCAAAUACAUAUCAACCAACUCUCUUCCGUUGCCUAUCCGCUUCUCGUUACAACUCGUCUAGGUCGACCUGCACGGAUUCUCGAUCUAUGCUGUGGACAAGGGCGACACGUGCUUCAACUCGCCAAGGAUUACCCACACCUUUCACUACACGGCCACGAUCAGUCGUCAUACCUGAUAUCCCUGGCUCAAGAACGGGCCGCUUCGCAGGGUUUGGCUGCAAAAACUGUUUUCACGGUUGGAGAUUGUCGCCAGAUUCCAUAUGCGGAUGAGAGUUUUGACCUAGUCGUGGUGAUGGGUAACUCAUUUGGCUACUUUUCCGAUGAAGAUGGCGAUCGCGUCGUUUUGAGGGAGAUAUUUCGUGUAUUGGCUCCCGAAGGCCGGAUGGUACUAGACUUAACGGACGGUGACUAUAUGAGACAGAAUUUUGCAGAGAGGAGUUGGGAAUGGAUUGAUGACACAACUUUCGUCUGCCGAGAAAGGCAGCUCAGUAAGGAUGGGCUAAGGUUGAGCUCAAGAGAAGUGGUCACAUUGACCACCAAGGGAGUCAUUCGGGAUCAGUUUUACCGAGAGAGGCUCUACGGAAAGAAAGAGGUAGAAACGCUGGUGCAAGAUAUAGGAUUUAGCAUCGUCGUCGAUGAGAAGGAAUCGGAUCCAAUCACGCUGGGGAAAGAGCUCAGCAAGCGAAAGGAGGACCUCGGCAUGAUGGAGCAGCGGGUGCUGGUAACUGCCGUCAAGCCUGCUCGCCAACUUAAUGGGGACACACAUGUGCUUCACUUGACCAAUGGCACGCACCCUCUUCAUGUUCCAGCACUCCUCGAUAUGCUUAAAAUUCCGUAUUCUGGUGCAGGUCCGAACUGUCUAGCUUAUUGCUACGACAAAGGUCUCGUAAACCGAACUGCUGCCGCAAUCGGAGUUCCAACCCCCAAGGAAACCUUUUAUUUUGCGGACACAGCAACACCGGCUGUCCAUGACAUCUCGAACUUGCAUGCGGUUAUAUCUAGAGAGAUUGGCUACCCCGCUUUCAUCAAGCCAGUGAAAGGUGACAAUUCUCUGGGUAUUACCGGCCGCUCGAUCGUUAACAAUGAGAAAGAAUUGGAUGCCUAUAUGGCCGAGCUGCGGUCAAUUGGUAUACGAGACGUCCUCGUACAAGAGUAUCUGCAGGGUCCCGAAUAUGGAGUUGGAAUGAUCGGUAAUCGCGAGACUGGAUUCCAUUUCUUUCCGAUUCUCGAAGUAGACUAUAGCCAGAUAACGGCCAGGUCCCUUCCCCCAAUCCUGGGAUAUGAGAGCAAAUGGGACCCAAGCUCCCCCUACUGGACUGACAUCACGUACAAGGAGGCGACGACGCUGUCAGCAAAAUCGGUGUCAGACUUGCACGAAUGGUGCAUCGCUCUCUGGGAUCGCUUCGAGUGCCGAGAUUAUGCAAGGUUUGACUUCCGGUCGGACAAACCGAAUGGAACCAUCAAACUACUUGAAGUCAAUCCAAACCCUGGGUGGUGCUGGGACGGAAAAUUAGCAUAUAUGGGUAAGCUAGAGGGAUUAGCGUAUCGAGAUGUCGUGGGAAUGGUGCUUAAAUCAGCUUGGGAGAGAUUGAAUGGGACUCCAACAAGCUCGAAAGCAAACGCGAAUGGUCAGACGCAUUCGGAAAAUGGGGAGACUUGCGCAUUGGUUGAUGCAGCAUAA